ACAAAAACAAUCUGAUCGCGUCAUAAUGCGAACGACAGUGCUAACACAGAUAGCAUCGAUGGUUCAUCGACGCAACAUGGAAACGUAUAUAUGGUCUGCUGACCAUCAGAAAAGUUAGGGAUGAUCCUCGGCUGAUCCUCCGUUACGAAGCCAUUUAAGCCGGCGAAUUGAGGUUUCGCGGAUUUGAGUUACCGCAGAAAAGAUAUAAAAGUCCGGUGAUGCAGAGGAGCGAAGUAAGGCGAGGGACUGGCGGACGAUAACGAUCGGCAUGUCAAACGGAAGUGUUCGUUGGGAGGCGAGAAUUCUACCAGCAGGUCCACCGCGAUUGCUGGGAUGGAACGUCCCUGCCGAGGAAUUGGUCCACAUACCGGAACAUUGGUUGGUUUAUCCCGAGCCCAAUCCCUCCCUUCACUACCUGCUGGCCAUUGUAUACAUCCUCUUCACCUUCGUCGCUCUGCUUGGCAACGGAUUAGUCAUAUGGAUAUUCUGCUCAGCCAAAUCGCUGAGGACACCUUCGAAUCUGUUCGUGGUGAACUUGGCGUUUUGCGAUUUCUUCAUGAUGCUAAAGGCACCCAUCUUUAUAUAUAAUUCUUUCAAUACUGGAUUCGCGACGGGUCAUUUGGGAUGUCAGAUCUUCGCUUUCAUUGGAUCGCUCAGUGGAAUUGGAGCAGGCAUGACGAACGCUGCUAUAGCUUAUGACAGAUACAGUACUAUAGCUCGACCACUCGAUGGGAAGCUAUCGCGUGGUCAAGUGAUUCUCUUCAUCGUGCUGAUCUGGACAUACACGAUUCCUUGGGCGUUGAUGCCGCUGAUGCAUGUAUGGGGUCGCUUUGUGCCCGAGGGUUUCCUCACGAGCUGCACCUUCGACUAUCUGACAGAUACGCCAGAGAUACGUUACUUCGUGGCCACGAUUUUCACCUUCUCCUAUUGCAUACCGAUGUUGCUCAUUAUAUAUUAUUAUAGCCAAAUUGUCAGCCACGUGGUAAAUCACGAGAAAGCUCUUCGCGAGCAGGCAAAGAAGAUGAACGUCGAGAGUUUGCGCAGCAACGCGAACACAAACGCUCAGAGCGCGGAGAUACGUAUAGCUAAGGCUGCGAUCACGAUCUGUUUUCUCUUCGUUCUCUCGUGGACUCCGUACGGCAUUCUCGCGAUGAUCGGUGCUUUCGGAAACAAAGCGCUGUUGACUCCCGGCGUUACGAUGAUACCGGCCUGCGCGUGUAAGUUCGUGGCCUGCUUGGACCCGUACGUCUACGCUAUAAGCCAUCCAAGAUACAGAUUGGAGCUACAGAAACGAUUACCGUGGUUGGAGCUGCAGGAGAAGCCACCCGCGGAUGCGCAAAGCACCACGACUGAGACGGUAAACGCACCGUCGGCUUAAGCCUUAUCCGACUUCGUAAUUGAGAUUUUAACUGUAACAGAGGUGACACAAGACGAUAAAACGUGAUGUUCACGAUAGUUGUUGCUAACCAAUUCAAUCCACUCGGAUUUUUUCGAGGUUGCAUGCACACGUUUGCUACUAUAAAAUUUCCUGUUAUAAUUAGAAAACAGCGUGCCGGUUAUGUACAACGCGAAGCAAUAUAAUAAAUCAAACCCCUGGCAUACAUACAGUGCGGAUAUGACACGCCUUAUUCAAUAUUCAUAUCGCUCGGUUGAGCGCGGCGAAUGCUAUGUUAGUCACAAGAAUUGCAGGAAUCGGUGCGGGAAAUUAGAACACAGCCGUGUAAGGAACAAUAACUAGCAAGUUACAACUUUA